GCAAAAUUAUACAGCGCUUCUUUACUUUACCGUGAGCAAUAUAAUUGCACUUAACUGUAUUUGCGUGCUAUUUUAAGCUUAACAUCUUAGAUAACGCGCACAAUCAUGUAGCGCUUCUCGAAUGCCAUACAACAUGGAAAGCGAAAGAAGAGGAAACGAUUUGUUUGAUUCGGACAUUAACACAAUAUUUGAAGCAAUUCUUGAAAAUGAUUUGGAUGUUGUUAAACAUGGAAUUAGUAAAGGCUUUACAGCUGUUACCAAAUGUCCCGAAACAAGCGAUAUGGCCUUACAUUUUGCUUGUUUGAACAGCAAACUACAAGUGUUGGAAUUAUUGAAACCAACGCUGAGGGAAGGAGACAUAAAUACAGUGAAUGUAGAAGAGGAUGACACAAUAUGUGGAACAGCUCUACAUAUGUGUAUGGACGGACAAGUAGAUACAGAAGUUGUAAAACUUCUUCUUGAAUGGGGAGCGGAUCCCAACGCCAGGGAUAAGAAGGGAUCGACAGUGCUUCAUGAGCUUAUUUACAGGGCGUGGGAAGAUUUUGACGAAGGAUUUAAGUUUGAAAAUAUGAUGUGGGAAGACAGCGACAACACAGAAGAAGAAAGUGUUGAAAAUAUUGACAUAACUCCCAAUGAACUAAUUCCUUCGAUGGGACCUGACUCCAGUGAAAUUCGAGAACAGUCAGACAGGGGAACAGACAUUGGAAACACGAAGGAACGUGUGAUUUACGAUAGACAGUACAUUGGAAAGAAACAAGAAUACGGUAUAAAUCUUAAGUGGGACAUGGAAAAUUCAGACGUAGUUGAUGAAUUAGGUACCAGUUACUUUGAAAAAUUAAAGUUGCUUCAUCAAUACGGUGCCGACAUGAAUUUAGCUCAUUCCGGAACAAAGAUGACACCAAUCCACUUUUGGUUCCAAAGUUUUAACUGGUCAAUGUCAGAAUACAUGGGGAAAUCAAUCCCUCAGUGGUGUAUUCAUUUCUUCGAAGCAAUGAUUGAGAGCGGAGCCAACGUAAAUAUAAAAAACGACCGAGGACAAACAGGACUUGUGUAUUUAACCCAGCGACACUACAAGCCCGACGAUGCCAUUUUCAGAACAACAUACCAUGACUUUGUUCGUCGAGUUUUGACUGAAUGUAAUAGUUAUGAGAAUAGAGAUGCUCUUUAUGAUCGAAUCCUGUUGCAUGAAUCCGUCGAGCACAGCAAUAUAAUACUUCUCGAAGAACUGGUUAAACAUCACAGCCAUGUCAACAUUGCUGACAAAUUUGGAAUGACUCCGUUGCAUUUAAGUACACAUAAUCUGACCACAGACGAACGUUCAUUUGUAAAGGAAAUGGUCAUAUGUCUCAAAGAACAUGGUGGCGACAUCAACAUUGUUGACAGUCAUGGCGCUACACCUUUACACCAUGCUGUAUCUCUUCGUAACCACACGGCCAUUGAAGUCCUUGUCUCGUUUGGGGCGUUGCUUGAUAUAAAAGACACAAAUGGCCUGACCUCCAAAGAUCUUGCAAAAAUAAUUGAUGACGAGGAGACUUUGAAAUUACUUGGAGCGUCGCAUUGUGAUGAAUAUACUGCCAGUGAGUCAGGGGUGUCUGACAUUCGAUUCGGCUUGUUUUACCCUAUGUGUUGUCACAGGAAGUAUGACGAGAAAACAAAAGAUGCCCAAAAGGAUUCUAAAACUGAUCCGGAUCAAGUUGUAGACAGAAACCUUGAUUCCUGGUUAAACCAAUUCCCCGUAUGUGUACACAAUAGAAGGACUGUGUUACAGAAUUGUAUAGCAAGUCUAGAGCAAAAUACCCAGCAAGCAAAGCUAUCCGAAGUUGAUGCGAAAAUUAUGCGUCAGGAAAUGUACCAAUUAGCAGAAAUGGCUACAAAGGCAAUUGCUAAAAUGAAUCCAUUGUUCGAAUGCAAAGCAUUAUUUGGCGGCAGUACAGCUGAAGGAACAAAAAUAGGCAGCUGUGAUGAAUUUGAUUUAGUAUUUGACUUAUUCAAGCUACGGCAAUAUCUCCAUUUGGAAGAAAAGACUGACGAAAACUUGUCAGGCUUUGUAAAUUUAAAGGUUACUGACCUGGAGACAUUUACAACUAACGGCAUAGAGGAACUGGUCGAUGAAAAUGGGUACCUGAAACGUACGGAAACAAGCAAUCUUUUUCAUAAAUAUUUGGAAAAGUCCUUAAAUGAGAAACGCAUAUGGUCAAACACUUGUUAUUGCUCCUUUUGGGGUACAACAAAUUCCCAAGGAGAAUGUUUUAAUAUUGGACAGCUAAAUUUGUUCUGGUAUGGGCCUUUUCUGAAACGACAAGACGUCAGUGUUGAUAUAGCACCUGUCUUUAGAGUUGCUGACUGGCUGCCUUCACAUUGGAAUGAUAACUCUACAGUUGUGGAUACAGAAACAGCCCGAUCGAUCGGAUGCUACUUAAUGAUGAAAGAUGCAAAGCGGUACAUAGAAAAUAAAACGAAUUCUGAUGGUGACAUUGAAGGCAUGACUGUGGUCACAAACGACGAAAAUCUGUUGUUUAAAGUCUCAAUCUCUCAAGUGGAGCAUGCGACAAUGAAGUAUUUGCCAUCGUCAGCAAAACUAGGAUAUAAGAUAGCAAAAAGUUUGCAACUGCUUUGUCCUAUUAUUUUGUUCAACACUGCAAUGGAUUUUGGUCUAAGCGAUGAAACUCAAGAUAAAUUCAUUGUACAGAAUGGUAAAAUGUACAGCAGGUUCCUCGUCACGGAGAUUCUUACUAGUUACACCAUAAAAACCGGAUUGUUUCAUGAGCUAGAAUCGCGUGGAGUUUCAAUGAACUUUUCACCGGAAGAAGUGCAUUCUGAAGAUUGGAACAGGUCUGUGCUUUCCUGCGACAUGUUUGACCAGAGAGUUCCAAAGUACGAGGAACUAUCAGAAGCAAAAGCUUGGGCUCUUAAUAUCUACAAAAGAAUAAAUGCAAUUGUUGCAGAGAAGAAAUAUCUUCCGGAAUACUUUCUACGUGACAUGGAGGCAACAAAACUGCCUGGACGAUCGGAUGAGUUUGUCGAUGUCAUAUCGGCUUAUUUAAAGUGCCUUAUAUAUUUUCUGGAGCAUUUUGAGACACCGGGUGACCUAGCUGAAAUGACCAGAGUCCUUGUUUGAGUUUCCAAUUCGCAGGACAGUUUACAAAGGCCAAACAACAGUAUGAUCGCUUAUGGAUAAGAAUGCAUCUAAAUUGCACCUGGUUUUACUACCAAAUACAUUCACAGUGCUUUAGUCGUAUCACUUUACGUGUUCUUACAUGUCUGUAUUUUGUUUCGUUUCAUCUUUAAAAUUCGGUAAACACUGUUACAAGAUGUAGUUAAUUACAACAUGUUUUUGACAUUUGUCUACAAUUGUUACAUUUCUGCGUUCCUCUCUUGUAUAAUUCUGCUAAUAAAAAUGU